AUGCAUUCCCUUCCGCUCUUGUCAGCCUUGUCACUCGCCACAUUGGUCACAGGCAGGCCUUCCAAGCUCCACAGCCGAAACGACGUGAGUAGAACCACGCCACCAUCAGGCUGUUUAUCAGUUGGCUCCGAUGGUACAUACUCCACAAUAGGCAAUGCUCUUGAUGCACUUGACUCUUCAUCCACAUCAGCAUGCAUCUUCGUCUAUAGUGGCACAUAUGAAGAACAACUAACAAUCGACUUCGGAGGUACGUUGACCCUUUACGGUGAGACGACGGACUCAGGGACAUACAAAGAUAAUACAGUUACAAUUACGCACACUAUCUCGUCCGAGGAUGCGGGAAGCCUGGAUCUGAGCGCGACUGUGAAUGUCGUCUCGGAUGGAUUCAAGAUGUAUAACAUCAAUGUUGAGAAUGGAUACGGCGAGGGCGCACAAGCAGUGGCACUCGUCGGAAAUGCCGAGCAGCUCGGGUUCUAUGGUUGUCAGUUCUCUGGAUAUCAGGACACUCUCUACGCUAAGGCCGGAACACAGUAUUACUCCAACUGUCUGAUUGAAGGAGCUGAUGACUACAUUUUCGGCGACGCAUCUGCCUGGUUCGGUGAAUGCGACAUCGUUUCCACGGGCUCCGGCUCGAUCACCGCAAACUCUCGGGAAGAAUCCAGUGAUACCGCGUGGUAUGCAAUCGAUCACUGCAACAUUAAGGCUGAAUCUGGAUUGGAUCUCGAUGGCAAAGUCUAUCUAGGUCGCCCGUGGCGUGUUCUUGCACGCGUCAUCUAUCAGAACUCUGACCUAGGAAGUCUGAUCAAUUCAGCCGGGUGGACAACUUUGGCUGAUGGGGCUACGCCGCUCUUUUAUGAAAUUGAUAACGCAGGCGAUGGAUCGGAUACCUCGGACAGGGUAUAUGAAAGUUCCAUAUCAGCAGCAGUUACGAAGACGACUGUUUUGGGGAGUGGUUAUGCGUCUUGGAUUGAUGAAAGUUAUUGA